CGCCUUCUUGCUCCGUCAUCCGGUCUUCCACAGCCACUUCCUGACGUUGUCGUCUACUCGAGGACGGGCCAAUUUCAUUCCCUGACCCUCUCCUCCUCCGGACUGCCGACCGUCGAACCACCUUUGCACCGUGGUGGGGUUGUCUAGGUUUGACUCGGGCCCUACUCCUCUCCUCCUUCUUUAUACGCCAUCCUACGACCGUCUCGCCGCUAGUUAUCUCCUUCCUCCUCCGAAGCCGUUUCCUUUCUCCGGGCCAAGCAUUAUCUCUGCCUAACGAAGUCAUCAAAUCAACGUACUCGAUACCCCUUUCCUACUCGUCGAGGUCCUCUUUACACUUCGCCUCGACUAGUACACACGUCUUCUACUGCUCUCAACACCACCCACGGCUAGUACAUCCCACCUCGACCGAAACCACGCUCUCCACGAAUGGCUAUGGCCGAUGGCAUGUCGUCGGCGGCACAGGGGACGGCAAAACAGCCCCCCUCGACCAUCCGAACCGCUCUCCCAUCUCGACGCAUGUCCCCCAAGGCCCGCGAAGGAGGGCAGUACGCUGCCAUGGAGCAGGCGAGAGGCCCCAGUCCAAUAGGCCGAGGCGAGAGCCUUGAGGGGCCGGCGACCUUGCGGCCAAACUCCCGACGUAGUCCGUCGAGCGACACCAUGUCGAGGUCGCAGGCCAGGAGUCCGGUAUCAGUAUCCAGUGAUGGCUCCCCGAAGGACGUGAGGUCAGAACCAAGACCCAGCCCGGCACCGUCAACGGCGACAACGUCUUCUUCAGGCCAGACGGGUCAGGUCUGCAGUAACUGUGGUACAACACGAACACCGUUGUGGAGGAGAUCUCCGCAGGGAACGACGAUAUGCAACGCUUGCGGCCUGUAUCAGAAGGCGAGAAACGCAUCCCGCCCAACUAACCUUAAGAAACCCCCGCAUCUUGUUGCUGCGGCACCGAGGACGGCUCCCCCAAAGAUUGCGCCAGCACCAGGUCCAGGCCCAAAAUAUCUCAGUGCUCCCGCUCCGACGUAUGUUACGGAGGAACAGGCGCCAUCAGGCACCUGCCCAGGUGGUGGAAAGUGCAACGGUACCGGUGGUGCCGAAGGCUGCAGUGGUUGUCCUGCGUACAACAACCGAGUCUCGAAAUCCGCCCAUCUGAAUGUUCAGGGGCAAGGUGGUUGUGGUGGUGGCGGUGGCGGCGGCGGCGGCUCGUCUAGCCAAUCUCAAGGAGAACCCAUGGCCGUAGACGACCCUGUUGCUCCUGUCGAUAUCGCCGCGCUGCAAUUACAGCAAGCACAAAACCCGAAUCACACCGUUGUGAUCGCCUGCCAAAAUUGCGGCACUACCAUCACCCCGCUAUGGAGACGAGACGAAAGUGGCCACACGAUCUGCAAUGCUUGCGGUCUUUACUACAAACUUCACGGAGUUCACCGGCCUGUGACUAUGAAGAAGUCGAUCAUCAAGCGACGGAAACGAGUGAUACCAUCUUCGUUUGGCGGCGAAUGGACAGAAGAGAUGCUUGAGGGUUCGGAGACGCAGAGCGUGGCACCAGAGGGAAGUCCAGAAAGGGGCACGAUGAACGAGGAUGGAUCCAUCAAUUUGGGCUUUCGACGUCGGGAAGAGAAUCCUGCCACCAUGCUUCCAGAUCCACUUAUGCGUCAGAAUCGACAAGGCUCGCCGCUGCCUUCGCAUGACUUGGCUGCGUAUCAGUCUUCGAGUUCCCGAACUUCGAACCCCUAUCCAGGAUCGCUGAACGACGAUAAUCGCCUUGCUCCCAUCACUUCGCUCGCCGCCAUGGGGGAACGCCAACCCUCCCUGUCACCCGGCUCUUUCUUGUCUCCAUCGAGGAAAAGGUCACUUUCUGCGGAAGGAAAUCCGUCUGGCGACGGGGGACCGGAUACGUCCAAGCGGUUAUCGUCCAUCAAGUCAAUCCUCAACCCGACAACAGCGGAUGACAGCCCGGCCUACCACUCGGGUAGCGAUGAUGCCGCGGAACACUACGCCCGAUCUGCUAUGUCGCCGGCCGCCUCGGCACCAAGUCCUGGAUCCUACUCGAAUGCUCAGAUGACGCCUCUUCCAUCGCCUGGACCAAGCAGUCAGACGAGCAACCCGGGAUUCAGGCCAGAAAACGAAAGAGUCAAGGCAGAGAAGAGGGCAGCAUUGAUUCGGGAAGCUGAACGGAUGAGGGAGAUGUUGGCAGCGAAAGAGAAGGAGCUAGCGGACAUGGGAAACUAAUGACAGUUCCAUCACGAUACAAACGAACCACGGGAUCAUCGGAACACUGAUUUUAUUGGGGCAACAUGGGCACACACAUAUCAUGGCUUGGAGUUCCUUUUUGUGCGAAGCGGUCGGCUGGGGCUGUCUUUCCAUCACCAA